UUGAGGAAGUUAGAAAAUGGCAGUUUGGCACCCCUUCGCAACUUUCCUUUUCUUUCCUGACGAGUAACUGUAUGUGUAAUACCUGGUAAAAUGAAUAACCUGGUCUUCUUGACGAAUUAAACUGGAUGCUUUGUGUAGGAUUCAUGACAAUAUGGUAAUGGAUGGAUAAUCCAAGCGUGAAAUCAUAGCCUACAUGAAUUCGCUUCCUGGUUGCAACGUACUUUCCCAAGACCUACCUUAACAAACCAGUGAGACAGUGGCGUAGCGACAUGAGUUGUCUUCACGAAUACGGAUUUUACAGCAUACUGUCGACGACUCCUCAAUCCCCUUCAAAUGUUUCAGUACAGAAGAAGCGAAUUGAUUAGAAACUCGGCUGGCUUGCCCGUGAAUAACUAUGGGAAAGGAUGUACCAAAAGAAGGUGUCUUGGUACCAGUGUCCCCAGGCUCAGCUAUAUUUCAUGACCGCAUUUUGCCACCUCUACAUAAUUCUUACCUGUAUGAGGAGUCCAAAAAGGCAUUUAUUUAUAGUUCUGCACAUCUCAUAAAUAAUGGCAACUUGCAGAAACGAUACGCUGCUUUUCGAGAGGAGAAAAGAAAGAGUGGCUACACAGAUGAGGAACUCCACGAGACCUUUGGCUUCCUGCUGUUUGAAGAUGAAAGCAAGGCGAACAAGCUCAGUGACAGCGGACUCCUGGUUGGGCACAGCUCAGCUUCAACGAUUGGAGAUCCUUCAAAGGGGGUAUAUGUGUCAAAGUACUCAGACUGCCUGGACCUGAAACGAUGGUACUGUGGGAAGUCAGGGCACAUAGCCAUAGUGAAACUCACCAAGGGCAGAGUGAAGGAAGUGAAUGAAAACUACACGUUGAACCUCACUGCUCCUACUGAAGGAUUUGAUUGCCAUGAGUCUGAUCAGCUCAAAGCAGUUACGCCCACAACUAGCUCCUUCCUGGCCUUUGAGAGAACUCAGCACUACCUGUAUGAGCUACGAAAAGGGAGGAGAGACACUGAGAUGUGCCCUAGGCAUGUUUGCCCAUUUGCAAUCGUGGCUUUUUCUUACGGCAAAGCAGAACCUGCUGCUCCUGAAUCAUCAGAAAAGAGGUAAGUUUUGUGUCCUUGUGAAAAAGUUAACCUUUUCUAUGUAACUGUACAGACUGUACCUGUAAAAUCUGCAGUGGCUAUUUUCUAUCAUUGGUUGGUAAUUUCUGUGGCUUCUUUAAGAGUUGAUGAAACUUAUACAAAUGUGGAGGGUUCUAAAAGGUUCACAUCUUUU